GUCGUCACGUGUUAGACCAGCCCGACCUCUCCUCCGACUCUGCCAUGGUAUGGUGCGGCCCCGGUCUGGUGCGUGCUGCUGGUCGGCUGUCGGCUGGUCGGCUGAUCGGUUUGCCUUCGUCUACAGUGAAAAUAUUAUCGACACUAUUUUUAAUAUGUAUGAACUCUGUUUUAUAUAGUUUGUGUUGUUGACAAUCACUAUACGCAUUCAUAAUUACAAGGAGGAAGAUAAUAUUCACAAUUAAUUAAGUAGACUAAAGUCAACAGCCGACAACAGAAUGCUCGCAUACACGACUAGUGAGAUUUUUAAUGUUAUAACUUCUAAUUCAUAGGAAUUACUUGUUGGUUUUUUAAUGUUAUAUCUUCGGCUCGAUAUUUUAAUUCGACAAAACCGUGCUUUGAUUUUAAAUUAAGUGCAUUAACUCGUGAUAAAUUGAAAAAGAGAUAAAUAAUAUAAUAUGGAUUCAAAAUCUCAUCUUCUGGUAAAUUCAAAAAAUGAGCAGUAUUAACCAGUAUCAGGAUCUACUUAACUAUUUAGAGGAAUCUCAGAAUGAAAUUGCCAAAGUCUUCGAGGUAUCCAGUAAAAACGAAAAUAGUGCAAAGGAAAAGGAGCAAGACGAAGAUAGGGAUCCUGACGACGACUUAAAUUGUUUAAUAAAACUAAAUGAAAAAAUUGAAUCUGAUUUAAUAGAAUUGUUGUCGAAAAGCAAAUUCAAAUCGCAACAAAAUGGAUUCGACAACGGAUAUUUUCCAAUAAACGGUCAAAAUUCGGAUGCUGAGCAAUCAAGUUUAUAUUUGAAUUAUGAACGGUCAGUGAUUGACAGAAGUACUCAAACAUCACCACCUUCCCUCUCUCUAAGUUCAACCAAUCUUACAUGGGGUUCGAGUUCAUCGUCAUCUCCAUGCCUUUCGUCUCCAUCGACAUCAGAUUUAGAAGAAUAUACGAACGACAUAGUAACACUAACAGAUGUACCAAAUAUACCGGAGAAAAAGACAUAUUUGGGUUGCAGAUUUUCGUCUACACCAAUAUUAAAAACCAAUUACAACCAGGUGAACAAGCAGAGUCGUUCGCAGUCCGAUCGUCGCCUAACUGAAAUCGAAGCUGCAGAAGCUUGUAAGUGGCUUCGUGCGACUGGUUUUCCGCAGUACGCUCAGUUAUACGAAGAUAAUCAAUUCCCAAUAGAAAUAUCUACGGUUGCGCAAGAUCAUCCAUUAUUAGAAUCGGAUAUUUUACAUUCGUUGUUUAGAAGAUUGCAGAUAUUAAACAGUUGCGCUCAUUUACAUCAGCAAAAGAUCGUUAAUACAGAAGACGAAUCUGAAGAUGAAUCUUGUGCUUUGUCAAAUAAUUGGACAUAUCAGGUCGAUAUUAAAAGAUGGUCUCGAAAUUGCAAUAAAGUACCAACAUCAGACUAUGAAAGCGCGUCGAAAGAUCCGGAAAUUACCAAAGAUACGCAAAGGGAUAGGAAUAAGGCAGAAGUAAAAAAAGUUGGUAGCAUUAGAGAAUCCAGUCGCAAGAAGACGCCGGCAAUAGUUGAGAAGAAUAACGCCGCAGAGCAUUCUUCGCAAAUAAGUCGUUUAAAACUAGCCGAGUUUAGGCAUUCUUCAGAUUCCGAAGAAACUCCGAGGACAUCUAGAAGAGUCAGAACGCAAUCGCUCGAUAAAACUGAUAGUUGGUCAACCACCAACAUCAAAAUCAAUAGAUUAAUUUGGUCGAAUCCAUUGGAACACGAACAUGUUUUCUUAGAAGACGAUACUGACAUUCCGCAAGAUAUUGAAGGUCCUCCUUUGUACCAGUUGUGUGCUUCACAAAUUCAGGUUUUGAGGAAAUUGGCGCUUUUAAAAUUAACUGCUCACAUGGAGAAAUACUGCCCCGCUCAUAGAACUGGGUGGACUUGGGAUUUGCCGAGAUUUUUUAGGAAAAUGAAGUCACCGAUUUACAAAGACAGGCACGUUUUCGGCGUUCCUUUAAUGGUAAUAUUCCAGAGAUGUGGGAAAAUUCUGCCGAGGCACAUCGAGGAAGCCAUGCAGUGGUUGCAAGAAAACGCUUCGGAUCAAGUCGGAAUAUUCAGAAAAUCCGGCGUUAAAUCGAGGAUCCAAAUGCUCCGCAAUAAAAUAGAAUCCAACUCGAUGAUUGACUAUACUGAACAACAAUGCUACGAUGUUGCCGAUAUGCUCAAACAGUAUUUCCGCGAGCUACCCGAAAUGCUUUUCACUGCUAAAUUAUCCGAAACGUUUGUUCUAAUAUUCCAGUAUAUUCCGGCAUUCUUGCGUCUCGAAUCGGUUAUAUGUGCUAUAAUUUUAAUGCCGGAGGAGCAUUCACAAGUGCUGCAAGCGUUGCUUCACUUCCUGUUGAUCAUCGCUAACAAAUCCGACGUGAAUCAGAUGAAUGAGCACAAUUUGGCUAUGUGUUUAGCCCCGACGUUGUUUCACUCAUCUUGUCUCUACAAGCACGUUGGAGGGUCUCCUCAUUCGAAAGAAUUGGCGGAAAACAAAGCUGCACAAGAAUGCCUGUUCUUCUUCUUGAAAUUCUUCCACAUACUUUUCAAGAUUCCCAAAGAUUUUAUAAACCAAUGCAAUUCGAGCGAAAUCAAAGAAAUCAAACCAAAACAGCUGACAGACAUCGGUGAUGGUAUUGGGGGUUGGAAAGAAUAUUUGAAAGAGUGCCACAAGAAUUUGUUGAAAGAAGUCAAAGAGAAGUCGCGUGGUUGGAUGCCGAUACCAGUACAAAAUUCUUUAGCCACGCUCGCUUCCAAUUCCAAAAUAGCAGUAUUUUACAAGAAAGUAGCCGAUGGAAUGCCGUUGAGAUUAUGGAAAGUCGUUGCAGAUAUCGAAGCACCACCUGCAGAGGUGGCGCACAGGAUUCUUAGGGAGCGUCAUAUUUGGGAUUUCGAUCUGAUUUCGGCCAAAAUAAUCGCCCAGUUGGAUCAGCAAACAGAAAUCUUCCAGUACAUAAGGAAAAAAGUAACGCCCAUUCCGAACGAGGAAUACUGCGUUAUAAGAACGUGGAGAUCUGAUUUACCAAAAGAUUCUUGUACAAUAAUAGAAACUUCAGUUGAGUAUCCCGGGACCAUUCAAGUUCCUGGUUCAAUCAGAGGUAUAGUUUUAGCUUCGAGGUACCACAUUGAGCCCUGUGGAUCAGGCAAAUCGAGACUCAUACACUUCUCUCGAAUAGAUACAAUGGGAAGAAGCCCGGAAUGGUACCAAAAAAACUAUGGAUAUUUGAGUGCAGUUUUUAUAAGAAAUUUACAAAAUUCAUUUUACCAAAACACAAAUUGUCCGGAGAGCCAGGUAUAAAUACCAAAGAGUUUAUUUUAUAUAGUUUUGUUUUACAUCACAUGACAAAGUCUCAAUUUGUAUUUUUAUAAUAGUCCAAAUCUGUUUUUAAUAUUGUGUAUAUAUAUAUUUUUAUAUAGUUAAUAAAUAUGACUUAUUGUUCUUUUUUA